AUGGGUGAUCAGGAGCUGUUGGAUGCUGCAGAUCACGUACUUCGUUCUAUAUGCAUUGAUUUCCUGACAUCGUCUGCAGGGGAAUAUUCUACGGUAGAUACUUUCGAUUUGAAACCGGAGAAUAUUAGCAUAGAUCCGCUGUCACUUUUGAAGAAUCUCACACAACCGAGUGAACCAGCAACCUGGCUUCAUCCACUGAUUGAUUCUUGUGGCAAAAUCAGUGGCGUGAUUGAGUGCAUAAGAGAUGCUGGCGAGUUUGGUGCUGCAUCUGUUUCUAUGUCGUUGAACAGAUCGCCAGCGGUUGACUCGACAAGCAUUCGUGGUUCCUCAAGCAACGUGCCGUUUUACCCUGGUGGAUUUGAUAGUGCGUUCGGUAAUGUAAUGUCGUUUGCGAGGGAAGAAGACAAUUACAACUCCGAUGAAAAGGAGUUUUUCAGAAACGGUGAUCUUCUGACGUGUGCUCCAGGAAUGCCCAGAGGCCUUUCUCUAUCCUCCGUUAUCAAGACUCCCAUAGAGAAUAAAAUGUCUUUGGAUGAUUCCCCGCUGACAAGUGGUCAAGUAGAUUUCGACUCAACCGAUUUAUUCGAUCUUAUGGACUUCGUGGGUGGAGGAUCUCCACUUGUGAUUCCUGCUGAAACCACUACUCUCAACGAAGUGGAGGUGCCCAAUGAGUCUAAAUCUACCUUGGAAGAGCAAGAACCACCACAUGUUGUCAAAGAAAUUGAGGAUGCUCUUGAAACUCCGCUACCGCAGUCCGCGCUGAAAUUUAUUGCUCCUGAAAGAUUUGCCUAUGCUAAACAGCUCGAUCCAGCGUCAUACAUUGGAGAAUACAAAGCAAUCUUGCCGAAUAUGGCGAAGAAGUAUCCGUUCGAAUUGGAUGGCUUUCAACAGGCAGCUGUGGUUUGUAUGGAAAAAGGCGAAUCCGUUUUUGUUGCUGCUCAUACUUCAGCUGGAAAGACCGUUGUGGCUGAGUACGCUGUGGCUUUGUGUGAACAACACAGAACACGCGCGAUCUACACUUCGCCCAUCAAGGCCUUGUCGAAUCAAAAGUUCCGUGACUUCAAGAUGAUGUUCACCGACGUAGGUCUCGUCACUGGCGACAUUCAGCUGUCCCCUGAGGCGUUCUGUCUUAUCAUGACAACUGAAAUUUUAAGAUCAAUGCUCUACAAUGGCUCAGAAGUUAUUCGAGACUUAGAGUGGGUAGUUUUCGACGAAGUCCAUUAUAUAAAUAACGCGGAAAGAGGGCAUGUGUGGGAGGAGGUUCUUAUUAUGCUUCCAUCUCAUGUGAAGAUUGUGAUGCUAUCGGCCACAGUCCCAAAUUGCAUUGAAUUUGCAGAUUGGGUCGGGCGUAUUAAAAAUCGGAAAAUUAAUGUGGUAUCUACGGUUAAAAGGCCAGUACCUCUAGAGCAUUACUUAUACACAGGACAAGACGGGAAGACUAAAAAGGAUCUUUUCAAAAUUGUGGAUAUGAAUGGCAGCUGGCUAGAUGUGGGAUAUAAGAAGGCUUUGGAGGCGAAGAAUGCGUUGAUUAAACGUGAUGUUCCUUCCAGUCAAGGAAGAGGAGGAGUGGUUGGAGAGGCUGGCAGAGGACGCGGUGGGCAACAUCGCGGAGGUGGUGGAGGAGGUAGCUUCAAUUCUAGACCCGUGAAUAAGAAUGACAAAAACGUUUAUAUCAGUCUCAUCGACUUCCUCCGAACUAAUGAACAGUUGCCAAUGGUUGUAUUUGUUUUCUCGAGAAAGAGAUGCGAUGACAACGCUCAGCUGUUAUCAUCAAUGGAUCUUACAACUGAGGUUGAAAAAUCGCACAUACAGUCAUUCUUUUCACAGUGCAUCAACCGGUUGAAAGGGUCUGACAAGAAGUUGCCUCAGGUGCACUUAAUGAAAGAUUUAUGUAUGAGAGGGUUUGCUGUGCAUCAUAGCGGUAUUCUUCCUAUUCUCAAAGAAGUUGUGGAGCUUCUCUUUCAAAAGGGUUAUGUCAAGAUUCUUUUCGCAACUGAGACCUUUGCGAUGGGUGUGAAUAUGCCUGCUCGAACAGUUGUAUUCGAUAGUAUUCAGAAACACGAUGGACUUGACUUGAGAGUGCUGAACGCUGGCGAAUACAUUCAGAUGGCUGGUCGUGCUGGUCGGCGAGGUCUUGACACCACUGGGACAGUCAUAGUGCUAUGCAAGCAGCCGAAACUGGUUGAACCAGGGCAGUUACAAACAAUUAUGCUUGGCAAGGCUGCACCUCUAGUUUCUCAGUUCCGAGUCACAUACUCUAUGUUGCUGAAUCUCUUACGAGUGGAACAUCUUAAAGUGGAAGACAUGCUGCAGAGAUCCUUCGUGGAAUGUGCCUCACUUCGGGAAGGGGAUGGACUCCCUGUUUCUGCAGAGCCAGGACUGACUCAUGACAUCCUUAUAUUCCGCAUGUCGGUCCGGCCAAAAGCCUGCAAUCAAGUGACUGGGAGGUGCAAGGGAGGCGGUUUGGAGCCGCCUCCAACAAAUGAGCUCCACAUGUCCACUCCGGGAGAACGGAAGUUCUCCCAGAAACUCAUGGGACUAGAGGCUUGCAACCUGCCCAUAGGUUUUAAAAUUUUUAUGCAAAACACAGUAAUAGAAAAGAGUCUCCUGAUUCCGGAGGAAAGCCUAGUAUGGUAG